AUGCCCGCGUCCGCUCCAAGCUUUGACCUUUACCCGCCAUUCUUUGCAGCGAUCUUAUCUGAACGCUCGUUUGGACCGAUAGCCUCUACGGUACUGCUAUUGCACAGUCCAUACAUUACUUCCGCAGAUAUCCAAACGACAAAGUGUAUCUCAAGUUUGUGUGUAUGUGCCAGCAUGUCCAUCAUGGAAUUCAAACCGCUCCUCGGCCUCAAUUCCGUGGUCGCCAUACCGAGGACACUGAUGCUAAAGCUAUUUGAUAGUACAUCUCCAUGA